AUGGCGACUCCCAUGCAUCGGCUCAUAGCUCGGAGGAAAGCUCUGGGAGAGUCCAACAUAGAGAAAAAGAUCAAGAAGAAGAGGUCUAAGAGUGUCACGAGUUCCAGUACCUCUAGCAGUGACAAUUCAGCCAGUGAGUCUUCAUCAGAGAGUGAGACAUCCACCUCAUUCUCUUCAGAGGACAGUGACUCAGAUGGAAGCCUCUCAAGCUCCUCCUCCUCAGCCUCCUCCUCCUCUUCCUCCUCCUCCUCGGACUCAGACUCCAGCUCCUCCAGCAGCAGCAGCAGUAGUACUGAGAGCAGCUCUGAUGAUGAGCCACAGAAGAAGAAGAAAAAGAAAUAG